UUUCAUUGUGACGCCGUAGGAUUCCGCGAAAUUGUUUCUUGGAGUUGAGAGAACGGGUGCUCCCUGUAAAAUAGGACAAGUUGACGCAGGAGUGGGAGAGAACAGAAAGCUGGUGCAGUCAGCUCACAGGCUCUUAUCGAGUUCAGACGGAAGGAGCGACAGGGAGAAGAAGAAGAGACUUCCAGCAUCUUCAACAAGAAGCACUGGGGACGGAACGUGCACAUCCUCUUUUCGCCUCCUUUUCUCAGACUGACACUGAAACCAGACUUGUUUUUUGUACUAUUUGGAUUGUUUUAAAUACUUUACUGCUCGAAUGAUGUCGGAGUUUGACGUGUCUGCGGACCGCGUCCCCGCUCGUCCUUCGGGGAGGACAGAAGACAUGUACAAGGAGGAGCAGGACGGGACUCUGCUGAUGGUGGCCAUGAUUCUGCUGGACUUGAGGAAAUGCGGUCGGGACGCCAGCAGGUGUCUCGGCGGCGUCGAGGGAGCGGGAAGACAGGAGAAGGAGGAGCGGGGCGUCCGCCGCCUGGACGCCGAGGAGGACAGCCGGGCCCCUCUGCUCAAACAGCCCCGGAGCAAGGCGGCGGCGGGGGGGCGGCAGGAGGUGCACGAGAAGCGGCACGGCUGCCCGUUCGCCGGCUGCGGGAAGAUGUACGGAAAGUCGUCCCACCUCAAGGCCCAUCUCAGGGUCCACACCGGUGAGCGUCCCUUCAAGUGCACCUGGCCCGACUGCUGCAAGAAGUUCUCCCGGUCAGACGAGCUGACGCGCCACUACCGCACACACACGGGCGAGAAGCGCUUCAACUGCCCCAUGUGUGAGAAGUGCUUCAUGAGGAGCGACCACCUGACUAAGCAUGCCCGGCGGCACGCGGGCUUCCAUCCCAGCAUGCUUCAGGGCUCCAGCGUGGCCAAGAGACGCCGCUGCUCCAUGUCCAUGUCCUCCUCUGAUUCUGGGGGCCAAAGCCCCUCUGGGGUGUGAGACACCCCUGCAUGUUGUACAGCUGUAGAUAAAGGUGCAUCGAAGCGUGCACAGCCAUGCGUGCACCUUCAGAUGAAUCCCGUCCAGCCAGACCACGAGUUCAGGGAGUUUUGUUUUCAUGUAACAUUGUGCAACAGCAGACAGGAACAUUUUGAACCAGAAACUCAAGACAACUGGUUUAUUCCCUGAGGCGACUGGUAUUUAUGAAGUGUUACUCAGGGGCUAACAGGAAGGUUGAUUAGUUUGUGUCGUGACGCUCUUUCCCUUUUUUUAAUUUUUUUUUAAGAACUUCUCAUCAGUUUUUGUACAUAAAAAAAGUAUUGCAACACAUGUCCAUGUAGCGUCACGCUGCAUUAAAUAAUGUAGAUAAUCAUCUCCAGAACCCUAAAGCUGAUCCAUUUCUACUGUGUUCAUAAUAUAGACCUUUAGCAAAUGUUAACUAUUGUAUAUAAAGUUGUACUUACACAAAUAUGUACAGUUAUUUUUCAGUCUAAGACAACAUGAAUGCAACACGGAACAGUAUUACCAUGUAAAUAUAUCAAACGGACCGGGCGGUCCACUCGGUGUAGUUGUGUCUCAUUGCAGAGUAAUAAGAAAAGUUAUAGUGAGAAACAGAGCUUACUUAUUUAAAUUUAUAUAUUUGGACACGGACUUCAGGUGUGUUUGUGCUUGUACAUAUACAAAGUGGUGAGAGUGAUGUUUUCAUGCAACGAUGAACUUGCAAAUACAUGCACAGAAGAUUAUCUGCAGUCUGUAGUGACUAAAUCUAUUCGCGGGGAAAUUACACGCCAAGGGUUGGGGAUGUUUUGUUCACACUUGCAGGACAGCACAACGGGGUGGGAACUUGUUUUGUCUGCUUGAAGCAAAAACGCUUAUCGAAGGUAAAACCACGAUUCAUGUUCAGAAUAAGUUGCCUUUAGUUGUUCAUCUUCACGUCUGGAGAAAUGACCACUCAAAAUAACUUUUUUUGUCGCAUUCAUUUGCUAAAGACUUUAAACACCAACCGUGCCAGCUGCUUUGUUCUCAAAACAGUUCAUUUCUACAUUUUGUUCAAUAAGGGACUCUUCUUCUGUGAUCAUGCUGUGAAGACUGCGCCCCCACGUGGUGACAUGGAAGCACAACAAGGAAACACCAUUGCAUCCUUUUUUAUUAUUAUUUCCAGCACUUUUGAGGACUGAACUCACUAUUAGUAUGUUCUGAAACGAUUGUAUUCCAUCUUUUAGCGCAUUUUUAUGUGUUUCUUUUUGUUUGUCUGGUUCUUUUUUGUACUAAAGGAAUGAGAGGCUUUUUUUUUUCCGGAGCCAAAUGCAUUGUUGUUACUCUUUUUCUACUCGUGUUCAAAAAAUGCUGUGGAAUAUUUGAAGGACUGUAAACAUUUGCUAAGUGAGAUGCUGUUUUCCUUUUUCUUUUCUGGGAUUCAAAAUAACUGUGAUUAGUUGCUGGUGCCUUUCAGAUCGAAGACUUUAUUUUUUUUCCCGAAGCGUCUGUAAUCAGGGACUGAUGAUGCAAACCUUAUGUUAUUACAAAACACAUGGCUGAGAAUUUAACAUUAAAAUGACAGCGUUUUUCAUA